AUGUUAGGAAACUGUUUCGGCAGUGAUGUUCUAAAGAAAACAACCGUUUACGAGUGGCAUAAACGCUUCAGAAGUGGUCGUGAAUCCGUCGAGGAAAACGAACGCAGUGGCAGGCCAUCGACAUCGAAAACCGACGAAAACAUCAAUAAAGACAUUGUAGUUAAUGAUUUGGGUUUGCGCCGUGUUGCUGCAAAGUUGGUCCCGAAGGAACUGAAUUUCAUGCAAAAAAGAGACCGCGUUGACAUCGCCAAAGACAUGAUUUCCAAGACUGAAUCCGACUCAACAUUCAUCAAACGCAUCAUUACUGGAGACGAGACGUGA